AUGGCUGUUGGUAAGAACAAGAGAUUGUCCAAGGGUAAGAAAGGCAUGAAGAAGAAGGCCGUCGACCCAUUCGCCAAGAAGGAAUGGUUUGACAUCAAGGCUCCUUCCACUUUCGAGAGAAGAGACGUUGGUAAGACCUUGAUCAACAAGUCCACUGGUUUGAAGAACGCCGCCGAUGGCUUGAAGGGCCGUGUGUUCGAGGUUUGUCUUGCUGACUUGCAGGGCUCUGAGGACCACGCUUACAGAAAGAUCAAGUUGAGAGUUGACGAGGUUCAAGGUAAGAACUUGUUGACCAACUUCCACGGUAUGGACUUCACCUCCGACAAGUUGAGAUCUUUGGUUAGAAAGUGGCAAUCUUUGGUUGAGGCCAAUGUCACUGUCAAGACCGCUGACGACCACGUUUUGAGAAUCUUUGCCAUUGCCUUCACCAAGAGACAGCCAAACCAGGUGAGAAAGACCACCUACGCCCAGACCUCCAAGUUGAGAGAGGUCAGAAAGAAGAUGAUCGAGAUCAUGCAGAGAGAGGUUGCCAACGUUACCUUGUCUCAGCUCACUGCUAAGUUGAUCCCAGAGGUUAUCGGCCGUGAGAUCGAGAAGUCUACCCAGUCCAUCUUGCCUUUGCAAAACAUCCACAUCAGAAAGGUCAAGUUGUUGAAGCAGCCAAAGUUCGACUUGGGCUCUUUGUUGGCCUUGCACGGUGAGGGUUCUACCGACGACAAGGGUAAGAAGGUCUCUUCUGGUUUCAAGGACGUUGUCUUGGAGUCUGUCUAA